UCUUAUUUCACAAAAGAGUUCCUAUUUAGAGGUCGUUUCCCCUUUUCAUUCCCUGUUGCCAUAGCGACCAGUAUGUUAUUGUUGAUACUGUUUUUCUUUCUAAUGUAUUUUCUGUUGGAAAACAUUGUCAUAUUUUCCACUUUCAUCCGCUAUUGCUGUUUUCACCGGCAAUUUAGCCGAGUGAAUGAUUUUGAUAAUAAUAGCAACGACGACUACAACAAUAACAACGAUUAUGAAGAUGACGAUGUAAACUUAAUUUUUAACGAACUUUUCUAAGACUGGAAAAAAACAAAAAAAAAAAACAAGAGAAAGAAAAAAAGAAGCAGGGAAGGAAAGAAAGGGUAAACUUAUAAAAUUUUAUCUUAGUAUGGAGAUACAGACCCAGUUGACAGAAACUUCAAAAAGAGAAAGAUAGAGAGAGGAGAAAGAGAUUAAUUAUAGCAACUUUGUAUAAAUACGUAAUUUCAGUUGAUGGAUUUUAUUAAAUUGUGAUGGUCAUUGCUUGAAAGCGAAAGACUAUAACUAACAAAAAAAACAAAAAAAAAAAACAAAUUAAAUUAAAAGUAUAACUUUUUAUCAGUACAGUAUCGAGAAAAAAAUCCUUCCAAUUAACGGAAUUUGUAAUGGUGGUCACUUCUUGAUUAAAAAGAAAAAAAAAAAAAACUCGGCAAAACAAACGAUGAAUUAAGAAAAGAGAGAGAGAGAGAGAGAGUGUGUGUGUGUGUGUGUGUGUUAUUUUUUAUUUUUACAUUUGAAACGGUUCAUCUUGAUCAGAAACUUACUGAAAGUGAUCUUUCCAGCAUGGCUAAAAUAAACUAAAGAUCUAAGAAAUAACCAAGAUACACGCACGCACACACCACACACACAACACACAUACACACACAAACUCGGAUACGUACAUAAAAAUUUUCAUAAAGAAAGCCAUCACUGUGGAAUUUUUUUUGCAAUCAUUUAAAAAAAAAUUAUAUAUUUAUAUAUAUUUUCGUUAAAUGUCAGAUUAAUAUCGUCCUUUGGUCAGUUUAGAACUUCAUAACGUCAAUAAUGACAACAGAAUUGGAUUGUACUGCGACGGGACAGAAUGGAAGUAACUUUUUGGAUACCUUCCAGUUAGUGGAAUCUCUUGAAGACCGGCCACCGGUACCUAACCACUUGCUAGACACCAAGAUUUUCCGGAAAACUGGUCAGGAGAGUAAAACAGUGUUAGCUGCUCCUGUUGAUAUUCACUUUCAGAUAGUCUGCUUGGAAAAAAAAUGUUCAAAACGUCUCAGUCUCAUGAACAUUACCCCAAAACUCAUCGGCAUUCAAGUUUUACCUCCGCAAACAAAGUACUUCAAAAUACACUAUGAGAAGACUGACCACUUAGGUCCUGGAAUGCAAAUGUCGUGCGAAGUGGAAUUUGUUCCAACGGAAUGGAGAUAUUACUAUGAUUGCAUCAGAAUUCACUGUCCGGAAGAGGAGAAUGUGAUUGUGCCCAUCCAUGCUUAUCCAGUGAUGAAGACUGAUUCUUUACCAGAAAGCUACACAUUCCCUCCAACCGCCAUUGGGGAAAAGCAAGAAAAAACAUUUAAUCUGUCUUCAGGUGUCCCAGUUGAUUUUGAAUUCCAUUUAGAUUAUCUGCAAUCUAAUCCAGCUUUCACAGUUUCACCAAUGGAAGGAAUUAUUUCUGGAAACGAAAAAGUGACAUUCAAAGUUACAUUUGCACCAAUCAGAUUUGAAACAUCCAUAAUAAAACUGCAGUUAAGCAUUUCCCAGUUCAAUUACGAACCACAGUUCUGUACCCUGUAUGGUUGUUCAGUACCUGGACUUGAAAUGGAAAAGGCAUUGAAGAAGUUUAAUGAAGAGCACCCAGCCAUUCUUGACCCUCACAGUGUUGCUCCUCUUGAUCGGUCGAGAAUCAGAAAGAACAAAUCUGAAAAGUCUGUGGAGAAAGCCCCUAAAGAAAUAGAAUAUAAUGGCUAUCAGUUUCCUGCUCAAAUGAAUACUGUUCAUGCUGUUUCAAAAGUGCUUAAUCAAAAGCCUCAUAAGUUGUGCACCAAGGAUUUAAAAAACAUUUUGUGGAAAGGAAAACAGAAUGAUAGUGAGUCAAGGCAUGUUAAGGCAGUUACCUUUGAGAACUCCAUACAACAGCUGAUCAAAGAAGAACGGCAAAAUCAACUGCGUUGGCAGAAGAAGGUUGGUGAAGAUGCCAUGAGUGCAGAAUCAAAGCUCAUUGAACAGGAUUAUUGGAAACAGCUCUGGGAAAACCAUAAAUCCCGAUUCAAUCAUGAUCCUCGAAACUAUUCCCAUGAGACCGAGCAGUUUUAUAGAAGAACAAUGCGCAUAUAUGACGAGAUUCCUGAAAAGGUGGCUGAUUUUAAUCCCUACAAGAAUAAUUUGUGGCCCCAUAGGUUGUUUGUAAAGAAAAGGUUUAUUCAAGCUGUACAUAAGGUCAUCAUACAAAACCGAUACUCACAAAGGCUGAACAAUUUGAAGGACAUUGUUGAAAAAUGGAGGCCUCAAACAUUCAUACCAGAUUCCAUUGAUGAUUAUCAGCUCAGAGAAAAGUUUUAUGAAGAAAUAGAUAAAAAUUACAAUACCGUCUUUGAGGAUAUGUCUUCAAAAAUCUGUUUGCAGUCAUUUAUGCAUACUAAUCAACCUGGAGACAAAAUUAAGAUUUCUGACAGAUUCUCUCAGUUCCUCCUGUGGUUUCCACCACAUUGGGCAACAAGUUAA